AUGAAAGUGAAUCUUGAAAUUUGCAUCGAUAGCUUCGAAUCGGCCGUCAAUGCAGUGGAAGGAGGUUUUCUAUUCAAAAUUCUGGCAGAAAAUUAACUUAUUAUCCGUAUUUUUUUCUUUUUCCAGUUUACAAGGACUUCUCAACAACGAGAAUUCACUAAACCGAAGCAAAAAUGAGUCGUUUCGAGAAAAAAACGCAAAAUGUUCCGAAAUAAGAGAAAAACUUCACCCUUUUGAUAAAAUUGACCAAAUAAAGCAGAAGAAAGUAAUAUGAAAAAGCCUAGAAAAAAACAAAAAAAUUUUUUUCAGAAAAAUGUAGCUCAUUUUUUUAGACAGAGAACUCAGCGAAAAAAAGCUUCGAAAUCAUCAAAUUUUGAAUACUUUUUCUUGGAACCGUUAGAAAAACAUAAAAUAUUCAUUUUUUUUUUUGAGAAAGUAUCAUUUUAACGUAAAAAACCGGAAUUUUCGCCCCCAAAGUUUAAAGCCCAGGAGAAGAAGGACAAUAUUUGAAUGAAGUACAUAAAAAUACUCUUUCAGCUGUUUUAUAGUGUGUUAAAUAUUUUUUUAAGAACUGAAAAUGUAGGAUAGAAAAAAAUAUUUUUAAUUUCAGAUUGCGACCGUCUGGAAGUGUGCAGUUCCUUGGAUUUCGGCGGUCUUACCCCGUCGAUCGGUAAAAAUAAACUGGAAAAUAUAAAAUAAUAUCAGUCAACUAUUAAAGGACUCCUUUUGCGUUUGAAAACGAAUUUUCCGACGAUUCCAUUGAUGGUUAUGUUAAGGCCACGCCCAGGCAAUUUUGUCUACACUACUGAUGAAUCAUUGGUAAUUUUUUUCUAUUUUUUUAAAAAUUUUUUUAGUGGUUUAAAAAGUUUUUUUCUCGGAUUGUUAAAGGAACAUCGAUGAAUCUGGAAAAACGUCUCAAGACGAAAAAGCAUUUCACAGCGUUCUUUGCUAGAGCCUUUAAAUUUCCCUGAGAGAGAAACUUUAAAUCAAUUACGACAUUCUGCGCAAAAAAACGUUUUUUUGAGUGGAAAUUUAAGUUCAAAAAAAUUGUAUUUAUAGGUAAUUUUGGAAGAUUUGAAAUGGCUCAAGAAAGCGGGAGCCGAUGGAUUCGUCUUUGGAGCGUUGACCAAGUGAGGAAAAAGGUUGAUUACAAAAAAUGAAAUCAGUCUGAUAAUAUUUUAAAAGUGAUAAGAAUUUUCAAUAUUUUCUGUUUAUAUUGAGAGGUUUAUUAAAGGAAAAAAAAUGUGACUGCCACUAAAAUUUACUUCAAAGAACUUAAGAAUAUCACUAACAAAAUGAGUACAAAAAAUCAGUCUAGGAAUUUGAAUUUGGAUGGAAAAGUUGCUUUGAGGGCCCUUAUAAGGAGCGAAAAGGUUCCCUCAAAUGACCCUAAAAUUAUGAAAAAAAGAAAAUUUUGAGCACCUCUUUCAUAGCCUCCGAGAAUCUUGGAAUCUUUUUAAAGCUUGUUUUUAGCAUUUCCCCAGUGAAAGAUGUAAAAAAUUCACAAAAUUAAAAUAAAAAAAUCUUCUGAAGUUCCCUAGAAGUUCUUUGUUUUUUUCGGAAAAAAACUUUUUUUCAGGAAUUUUUUUCAGAAAAAAAUAAUUUUUUUGCUACUUUCACUGUAAAAAGUUUAAAAAAAUAGUUCAAAAAUAAGACCUUUGAAAUCAUCUCUAAAUUAAAUAUUUUAGUGAAAAACACUUUGGACAAACACACAAGUGAGCUGGUGAUAAAGGCGGCUGGCGACCUUCCAGUUACAUUGAAUAGAGCGUUCGACCUUUGUCCCGAUUGGCAGGGAGCCAUUGCUGACGCGGUUUCCUUAGGCUUCAGAACUAUUCUUACAAGGUCAAUAAAUUAAAAAUCAAUACAAAAAUCAAUGAGGACGUUUUCAGUGGUCAGAAAUACACGGCACUCCUAGGAGCCGAGAAUUUGAAGCAAAUAUGCGCGGAGGCCAAAGGGAGGAUUGAUAUAAUGGCCGGUGAGUAUAGCUGAUUCACGGGUGGCAUCGAAAAAUCGGUCCUGACACGAGAAAAAAGGAGAUGGUUCCUGGGUGGUGGAGAGCGUAGUCAGGUCACGCUUCCGAAGCUUAAAUCGGCAAUAAGAAAUUUUUUUUUUGUAAAAAAAAAUUAUUAAUUUGACCAUUUUCAAGCUUGACUUCAAAGUUUUUUCUUAUCAAUUUUUGAAAAUUUACAAAAAGAAAAUAAUUUGCUACAAUUUUAGAACUUCCAAAAAAAUAAGGAGCAUUUAUAUUUUUUUGGGCUUUUUAGCAUUUGAGAAGGAGUUCUAGUUAUAUUAAGAAUUUUUCGUAAUCAAUAGGAAGGUUUUUUUAUGUAUUCAAUCGCUAUAAUUAAUAAUCACAAGAGAUUGUUCAGGUUCCGGUGUAAACAGCUCAAAUCUCGCCGAAAUCAUCCAGAAAACUGGAUGCGACUGGUAUCACGGGUCCGCUUCUGUUAUUAUUCAUGAAGAGGUGAAAUUAGUUCAAGAACGGAAAAAUCAAUAAUUUUUUCAGAAAAACGCAAUUUCAAUGGGAUCUUCCAAAGCCUCCAGUCGACGUGUGACGAGCGCAGAGGAAGUUCGAAAAAUGAAAUCUCUGUAA